UUCAACAGACAGAAAGAACUUUAUUUGGUCAUAUUUUGCUCUUAAAUUAUAAAGCACUUCUUUUUAUGGUAGAAAAAUGUUGAUCAUAAAGAGGUGAUCAUAUGUGUUGUAUCGUGACCAAUUUUGAUGAUUUCUAAGCAGACAAAAAACACAGAAAAUGAGGCUUGUGUGGCAAGCAAUAACAGCUUAGUAGCAGUUUAAGUAUGAACAACUUGGCAAUCUCACAAAAAUCAAGUGUUACAUUUCACCAUUCAGUGUUAUAUUCAAAUAUAAACACUUCUGAUGUUGCAGGUUCUUAAUUGAUAUUGAUUGAUUGUGUACUAGUCUCCUUAUAUUUCUUGUAUUGCAGGCAUUCGCAAACUGAGCAUCGUCGAGGAAAUGGGUAACAAUAAUACAACUGAUAUCAAAGAAGAAGACAACGAGCGCGAAGCUGAGAAGAAAACUCAUAAUGACCUCAAUCAUCACGAAGAUAGUGUGAAGGAAGAGAAUGAAGUAAACCCAACAUCCAAAAGGGAAUAUGCUGACUCUAAAUCUGCAGAGGAAUUUUAUGUUCAUUCAACAAGUGAACCUGCGAAAGAUGAGCCACAAGAAGAUAAGCUUACAGAUGAUUUAAAAGUAGAAAUGCAAGCAGUUCCAACAGCUGAAGGCAAAGAUGUUGAGGAGAAAGUUACAUUGCCAAGCAUGUCCAAGAAUGAUUCUUUCCAAGAAGGUACUAAUGCAGGCAAUGCGCAUAUGGAGAAUCGAAUGAUUCCAACUUCUGAAAGUGAAGAUUUUCGGGAGAAAAAUGCACCUUCUGAUCAUACAGGAGGUGAAGGAGAUACUAAUGCAGGUGAUGUGCAUACACGAAAUCAAAGGCAUCCAACUGCAGAAGGCACAGACGUUCAAGAAAUCGAUACUAUGUCGGCUUUAGAUCAUAGCAAAGCAAGUGAUCCUAAAGAACAUGUAUCUCAGGGUCUAGAUACUCAUCAUGCCAGUAACAAAGAUGAAACUGAAUUUGUUCUCUGUGACAGCCGAACCGAUGUUCUUGCUAAAAGUACCAUUGUGGAUUCAGAGGAUCAAUUUGAUUUGACAAACUCUAAUGAUAGUGCAGGGCAAGAAAUACUUGAAGUUGGACCACCUGACAGAACUGAAAAUGCUGAAUCAAUUGAAGAAGGUGGUGAAAAAUGUGAAAUUUUGUCAAGUUCUUCAUUAGUAGAUACUGAGGAUUAUGGAAAUCAAACAGAAUCAACUUUAAGGGAGGAUCCGUUGUUAACAAAUCUUGAUCACCUUGAAGAAGAUCCUAAACAAGAGGAAGAGGACACAAAAGUCUUAAUAUCGGCCAUGGAGGACAUGUUCAAUGAAGCAGAACUUCAAGAAUCACCAGUUGCGGAUCAAGUCCUCCCUGAAUCAUCACUACCAAAAGGUGAUUUUCUGGAUACUAAUCUUAUUUGUCCUGAAGAUAAUGAUGUUGUUAUAGAAAGAGAUACACAAACACAAGAAAACAAUGUAUCUUCUAACAUUUCUGGAGACAAUGAUAGAGAUGAAGUAAAGAAUAGUUUGGGAGAUUUAUCUGGAAUCAGAUCCAAUUCGCCAAGUGGCAACAUAAGCAAUGGUACUAAUUUGUUGACCAAGGUAAAUGGGGAACACUCGUCAAUGCAUGAAUUUGAGGAAAAUCACAAGUUGCUUCAUGCAGAAUCAACAACAGAAAAUUCACAUGAAAAGAGUCCUAUAGGGCCUAAUGGGGACUCCAAUGGAGAAAGAAAUGAAGAACCAACUUGUAAUGGGCACCAUUUUGAUGACUGUGAUGAUAACAACCCCAACAAGAAGGAUUCAGAUGAAACCAGCAGUGUUUCAGAAGAACAAAAUCAUUAUCUUGUGUUUCCUGAAGCUGAGUCUGAACUUCUUCCAGAGGCUUCACAUGCUGCUGAAAAAGGCCUUGAGGUUUUAGAACAAUGCAACUCUCAGUUGGUAACCACAGAUCAUGUUGAAUCUUUUUCUCUGCAUAAUUCUAGUUCCUUGUUACAUAUCUAUAGUUUCCAAGAGGGCACUGAGAACCACACCAAAAAUCACAAUGCCUCAAGCAUGUCAUCCUCGGAUUGUGAAGACGCAACUUCAGUCAAUGAUAAGAAUCGCAACUAUGCUAUAGAAGAUCAAAAUCAUCACCUUGUUGUAGCUGAAGCUGAAGUCCUUCCACUUGUUUCACAUGUAGAAUCCUUUUCAUUGCAGAAUUCCAAUUCCCUUUCACAUGAGAAGCUGAAUUCUUCAAUUGAUGAUAAAGCAUUUGACAAUGAAUGUGAAGAUUGCACUGAUCCAUGUCCGAACAAUUCUACACUUGAAACAAGGGAAAGUACAUCAACAACAACAACUACUGUAGAUAACUGUUCUUGUCAGAUACAAAAAUCACCAAGCUUCAAUCUCAAUCUUCAAAUUGGAGAAUCAGAGCAGAGUCCAUUGCUCUAUGAAGAUAAGUGCAGUACAAGUGAGAUGCCAGUGGAAGAAGAGAAAAUAGUUACAAUGGAAAGAAGCUACAGUGAGAAAUCUAAGUACUCAGAACAAGGUAACAUUGCUGGAACAUGUGAAACAGUAGAGAAGGAAGUGACACCAACUAUGCCAAAAUCAAAGGAAAAGAGAAAGGCUGUGUCUUCAUUCUUCAUCAACUGCAUGUGUUGUGCAACUGUUGCAAAUUGAAUUGAAGCCUUCUAAACUAUAUACUUAUUUAUUUUUCUUCUUUAUUUGUGAGGCUGAGUUUUCUUUUCUUUUCUUUUCUUUUCUUUCAUGUUGAUUGCUCAAUGUGAAGCUUUGAUCUAUAUAGACAGAUAUUGGUUCUUCUGUGGUGUAAAUUUUACUUCACAUUGAUUGUAAAGUUUGUUUUCAGAACACUGAUU